UAAGACGGGGAGGCAGUCGGCGAGGAAGCGGGCGAAUCCGCACGGAAGAAGAGUCCGCGGAGGAAGUCCGGAGAACGCAGGCGUAGACGCCGUAGGUGAUGUGAGGCUGGCGCCCGCCUCACGUCUGGGGUGAUGCCCUCCAGUGAGCCUCAUCCCCCGUACCACCUUCAGCACCACAACAUUCCUCCCUCGCAUCUACAGCAGCACACGCCGAGCGCGAUCGAGCAUCAGUUCUUUCAGCUGGUGGCGGCCCAUCAUCAGCAACAGCAACAGCGACAGCAGCAACACGGCGGACCCUUCCAAAAUUCCACGUACACGCAGCAGAAGCAGGAGAUGAGCCCGGAGGAGGAGGGGGGCCGAGUGGGUGGGUCCCCCCCUGCGGCUGGGGCUGCACUUCAUCAGCCCCAUCAUCCCCGCACGGCUAGUCCACCUUCGGGCACAGAACCCUGCACCCGCGACGCAAUACCAACACCCACACCUAUCGCUGACACCACCACUACCACCACCACCACGACUAUGACGAUGCAGUCGCAAAGUCAGCAACAACAACAGGGCCCUAGCCCAAGCCCGAGCCCGACGGGCGGCGACGUGGAGAAAUUCGACGGUAAAAUCGUCUACAAUCCGGAUGGGUCGGCCUAUAUCAUCGAAGGCGAGAGUGAACUCAGUGAAGACGACUCUCUACCCGACGGUUGUAUUGUAGAUGGGCGCGGUGUAUCGGUUCCUCACUCCUUAGUUUUCCCACAAAUCGCGAGCGCGUACUAUGUAUCGCGGUUAUACGCGCAUCAGGCCUACCAGCAACAGCAACAACAGCAGCAACAGCGCUCGGCGUCCCAACAGCACAAUCCCGAUCUUCCCGUAAUGCACAGUUAUCGGGUGAUCAGUUACAGGAGUGCGGAGGGUAGUAAACAGCCCCCUCCAGCGUCCACAGCACCGCCGCCGCCUGCCGCGUCGGUACCUGUCAAACCUAUCCUAAUGUGUUUCAUAUGCAAGCUCAGUUUUGGGUAUGCGAAAAGUUUCGUCGCGCACGCUCAGGGCGAGCAUCAACUUACUUUAAUGGAAGACGAACGACAAAUACUCUCUCACUCAACGGCGUCGGCCAUUAUACAGGCCGUGGGUAGAGGAAAACAGCCGCUCGUUAGUUUUCUAGAACCCGUUACGAGCUCGACCUGCGCUCAGGCGUCGCCCGCGCAGAUUAAAGCUCAACAACAGCAACGCAGCGAGUCCAACGAACACGAGACAACGCCGACCACAACGAGUACACCAGCGAGCACACCCGGCGUACCUAGCAGUCCUCAACAGCAGCAAUCGCAACAGACGCAACAACAGCAGCGACCCUCGCCGAGCACUCCUACUACGCCCACAUCACACUCGAAUCAUCCUCUUACGUACAAUCAUCAACAACAGCAGCAUCCGUGGAGCGGUCCGCAAGUAAGCGCUGCGUCUUGGGCUAAAGCCCCUGAUGCCUUACAUUACACCUCACCGCCGCCAACUUCAUCCACCAAAGGAUCUCCGUCUUCAUACGCUGCUCUUACUCAAGCUCCACCGAACUUCCUCACCGGCACCACGAUAGGUGUUUGUCCAGAACACAUGCAAGGUAGACCAAGUGGAGUGGAAUGUCAGAAGUGCGAGCUUAUAUUAUCGAAUAGUCGACUUGCCGGUCCCGGCGGACCACUUGCUGGAAUACACAGUCGAAAUUCCUGCAAAACUCUAAAGUGUCCCAAGUGCAACUGGCACUACAAGUAUCAAGAAACCCUUGAAAUACACAUGAAGGAAAAACAUCCAGAAAGCGAGGCCUCCUGUUUUUAUUGCAAUGCAGGUCAGCCGCAUCCUAGGUUAGCGCGUGGUGAAACCUACACCUGUGGUUACAAACCGUAUAGGUGCGAAGUGUGCAAUUAUUCCACCACGACGAAAGGCAAUCUUAGUAUACAUAUGCAGAGCGAUAAACAUUUGAACAAUAUGCAAGAGCUGCAACAGGGAGGCGGGGGUGGUUCUGGUACCAGCAACCCCUCCUCUUCUCAGGAGUCACCAAUGCCGACGCGGAGUCCCCAUCAUCAGCAGAAUCAUAGCCCACACCGGGCUUCCCAAGGCGGCAAUCAAAGUAAACCGAAACUCUCAUUUCGUUGUGACAUAUGCAACUACGAAACAAACGUCGCGCGCAAUCUGAGGAUACACAUGACGAGUGAAAAACAUACGCACAAUUCGAUGGUGCUACACCAGAACAUCAAACACAUGCAGACAUUGACCGCGUUGUCCCACCAUCAACAGGCGCAACACCAUCAUCAGCAGCAACAACAACAACAACUCGAACAUUUGCUCCACUUAGGAGGUUUGGACAAACCGCAACCUACGGAAGCGGCGUUGGCCGAUUUAGCUUACAAUCAGGCGGUCUUGAUGACAAUGAUGACCGGCGGUCAAAUGCCGCAGUUUCCGCCAGAACUCAUAGGCUCCAUAGCAAACGCGGCUGCCAUGAGCAAUCUUGGCGGUGAUGUCGGACUUUCGCCGGACAGUAUGGAACCGCCACCAGAACCUGCCGAUCAAGAUCCUAAUCACCUAUACCAAUGUUGCAUAUGCAAUAAUUUUGCGACGGACUCGCUCGAAGCUUUGAGUCAUCAUCUAGCCGUCGACAGAACUAGAACUCGCGAAAGCGAUAUACUAGCAGUUAUGAACGCAAAUUUUGUCUGUACACUCUGUUCCUAUAAAACCAACCUAAAAGCAAAUUUCCAAUUACAUUGCAAGACUGACAAACACCUGCAACGACUCCAACAUAUGAACCAUAUAAAAGAGGGCGGGCCUCGUAACGAAUGGAAGCUCAAAUACUUGGGAUCGCCUACGAGUACCGCGCAGUUGCGCUGCCACGCGUGCGAUUAUUAUACGAAUAGUGCUCAUAAAUUGGCCCUGCACGCCGCUUUACCAAGGCACGAAGCCGCGUCUCUUCUGUUGCGUCAUCUGCUCGAAGCGAGCAGUAACAUUCAAACCCCCGGGAAAUUGUAUCAUUGCGCGAUAUGCGGGUUUAGCGCUCGACACCGAUUGCCGCUUCUACAACACGUGAGAUCUUUGCGGCAUCUUCACAUGGAACAGAUACACCACAUUCACACCGCCAGAAGAAGCACCCUCGCGGGGAACGAAUCUCCGCAUGCGGAUAUCAGCGUCAUGUUCCAAGUGACGAGUGAUCCCGAAGUACCGACCACACAACAGCCCAGUCCAACCACACCAACGACGCCCAACGCUACGAGUACCAACAAUGAACGACGAGAAGAAGGUAGUGAUUGCGGCAGUGAAGUGAAACAAGAACCGGACAAUGAUCCAGAACAGGAAGCCGAGCCCGAGAAUGACCAAGAAGAAAUUACGUGCCUAUACUGUACGUAUCAGCCGACGUCGCGAGAAGAAUUACGACAGCAUUUGCAAGUGGCUCACGUUCAAGAUUCGGAGGAGAAAACUGAAACGGUGAAAGAAGAGCCGACGGCGGAAUUGUUAUGCCCGUUGUGCCAAGAUAAUUUCAAAGAACGUCCCGCCCUGGAAAAGCACGUGAUGCAAAUUCACUCCGUUAAUACCGACGGUCUACAGAGGCUACUACUAUUGGUGGAUCAAAGCCAUUGGCUAAAUAAUAAUCGGAAUUCUUCGACGCCGGCUGUUACGACAACAACGACGCCAGCAUCGCCCACGACAACGACGAAAACCCAACAGGAAGAAGAAAUGAGUGAACGGGGUGGCAGUGAUGAAAUCGAGGAAACGGCCAGGUGUAAUGUGUGCGGUCGAGUUUGGCGUUCUCUCGAGGAACUUCAACAACAUCACCGGGAAGCCCAUCCAACCACCACGCCUACCUUGGCAGUUAGCGAGAAACACGUUUACAAGUAUCGAUGCGUACAAUGCAGCCUUGCGUUCAAAACCUUGGAGAAACUUCAGCAACACUCCCAGUAUCACGCUAUUAGAGAUGCGACUAAAUGCGCUUUGUGUGGACGAUCUUUUCGCUCAGUUCAAGCGCUUCAGAGACAUUUGGAAUCUGCCCACGAUCUCCAUGAAGAGGAAUUAAGUCAGUACAAACAGAGUUUAUUCCAGCAUCCUCUUCUUCUUCAAGCAUUCACGGAAGAAACAUUGAAGAGACAAAGCCUGGCAAGCGAGCUACAUGUGGAAGAUGAUGCUGGUAGAGGUGAUGAGGAAGAAAGUGAUGCCAGUGAUUCGUUGAGUUCUCCGUUGCAAAAAGAACAACGAUUAUUGGAGGAUUAUUUAAAUAGCCAAACAAUUGCUGAGGAUUCCUAUCAAGAUCCAAAUCGAAAAUUUAAAUGUCACCGGUGCAAAGUGGCUUUCACACGUCAGAGCUAUCUGACUGGUCACAACAAGACCUUGUUGCAUCGCAAAGGUGAGAAAAUGUCUUAUCCUAUGGAAAAAUAUUUAGAUCCCAACAGACCAUACAAAUGUGACGUUUGUAAGGAGAGUUUCACGCAGAAGAACAUACUUUUGGUGCAUUACAACAGCGUGAGUCAUUUGCACAAGUUAAAGCGGGCGAUGCAGGAGCAAGGUAACAACAAUACAUUGAUCUCAGUGGUACCUCCCGCUAGCCCGACUGAAUCGCCCGACUCUCAACAAGAUCAAGACAAGAAACCGUACAAGUGCAACAUCUGUAAGGUCGCUUAUACUCAGGGCAGCACUUUGGAUAUCCAUAUGAGAAGUGUUCUUCAUCAAACGCGUGCCAGUAAAUUGCAAGAUCUUGCCGCCAGUGGACAAUUAGAUCUAGCUCGACCAUUGAUUGAACAACCACCGCUAAGUCCGAACAGUCCGCCCGUCAACACAAACACAAGCAAUACUGGGGGAAUUCUCUCAUGUGCGCGAUGUAAUAGUGUGUUCGUUAAUCAAGAUCAACUCGCGGCGCAUCAACAAUUAUGUAACAUAAUUUUGAGCAAUCCGGCAUUGGCAUUGUUUCAACAAUUUGCUGCAUCGCAGCAAUUAGCUUCGUCCGCCUCGAAGACACCACCUCCUACAUCUACAACACCGGGACCGCAACAACAUAUGCAAUCCACUACGCACUCAUCGCAAACCACACAAGAUAUUCUCUCUCAACCUCGACAUAAGACCUCACAGAUGUAUAAGCAUCUGUUGGAGAGUUUCGGUUUUGAUCUCGUCAUGCAGUUCAAUGAGAAUCACCAAAGACGACAACGGAAGGAGGAGGAAGCAGCUGCUGCUCUUCAAGCGCAACAAGAACAACAAAAGCAGGAACAACAGAAGCAAGCACUCGCUGCACAAGCCAUGCAGGUAAAGGAGGAAGAAGUCGAAGAGGCUCAUAUGGAUGUAGACGAUGUGAUACCAGAACUUACGCGUAGUACUUGCCAACACUGUAACAAGGAAUUCAGCAGCGUUUGGGUCCUGAAGGCUCAUUGUGAGGAAGUACAUCGUGAUCUCGUACCGCGCGAAUUUCUCGAGAAAUAUGCGCAACAAUUCAAAUGCGAGUACGAAAAAAAAACUGUCGUCGCGACGUCCACCACCACAUCCUCCACUACGACGCCGACAAGCACCACAGCCGUUACUACACAACCUCAAGAUCUCAGCUCCGACAAAGAAUUUCGCGAAAAGGAGAAAGAAGAUAACGCUGAAAGCAAAGAGUGCAUCAGUCGAACGCCGGAAGCUACAUCUACUACUCCAGCGACCACACCAGCGUUGAGUAACACGCCAGUUUCAAGUACAGAUUCCACGACACCGACUGUCCUAUCUAAUCCACAGCAUCAUACUCCACAACAGCAACAACAACAACAACAACAACAGUUACAGCAGCAACAACAACAACAGCAGCAGCAACAACAACAACAUACUCAACUUGCAUUUGCACAACAGAUGACCGAAAUGCAAGCUGCUCUAAAUGCUGCAAUGGCUGCAUCACAAUUACAGCAGCAACUGCAACAGUAUCCAGGAUUGAUGAUGGGAAUGAUGGGAUUACCAUUAGGAUUAAACGUACCCGCUUUAGCCGCCAUGAAUCUGCAACCACCUUUAGUGCCAAUGAUGCUACCGCCACCACCGUACGAUGGUGCUGCUACUGCAUAUCCAUCAAUUAACCAAGCAGAUCUUCUUGCUAAACAACAUCUUGCCUUGCAACAGCAACAAGCUGCAGCAGCAAAUGCAGCUGCAUCACAGAAACGAGCGCGUACACGUAUCACUGAUGAACAACUAAAGAUAUUACGGGCCCAUUUUGAUAUUAAUAAUUCUCCUGGCGAAGAGCAAAUCCUAGAUAUGGCCGCUCAGAGUGGUCUUCCGCCUAAAGUCAUAAAACAUUGGUUUCGGAAUACAUUAUUUAAAGAACGACAACGCAACAAAGACAGUCCUUACAAUUUCAAUAAUCCACCAAGUACCACUCUAAAUCUUGAAGAGUAUGAGAAAACCGGUGAGGCGAAAGUAACUCCAUUAAAUUCGAGCGUAUCUGGUAGCAGUUCCUCUGACGAUAAAAGCCCAAAUAAACAAUCCACUCCUCCACCGUCUAUGCAAAACACCAACGCAACUCAAUCUACCGAGAUUAAGCAAGAGACACUCGAACAGUCACAGUGUCAACAGCAACAGCAAGCUGUACAACAUCAAGAAGACCAGCAACAUCACUCGCCCGGCAGCUCAGGUGGACAACAAUCGCGACCGCAUUCACCCGCGCUCAGUAUGAGUUCUGUAUUCUCGGCUAUCCAUCACGAUAUUUCCUCUCAUACUUCGUCAACCACAAAUACUCCGAGUACUCCGAUGUUACCACCGAAAUUGACCUCCCAGAACUUUGCCAGUCCUACUCCAGGAGCCGCUGGUGUAGUACCAAGUUCAAUCGCUGCAAUGGCGCUCACACCUCAAAGAUCUCUAAGUCCGGGUCGUGGACCAACCGAUUAUUUUGGUGGAAAUAGUAACGGUAGUAAUACUUCAGGUGGUAGUUCAGGUAAGCGUGCUAAUCGUACUAGAUUCACAGAUUAUCAAAUAAAAGUCCUUCAGGAAUUCUUUGAAAACAAUGCGUAUCCUAAGGACGAUGAUUUGGAAUAUCUUAGCAAACUACUUGGUUUGAGUCCACGUGUAAUCGUAGUGUGGUUUCAAAACGCAAGACAAAAAGCACGUAAAGUAUAUGAAAAUCAACCAGCCGCCGAACCCGUGACACCAGGUGGACGCGAAAAUGAUGAUGGAUCCGGUAGAUUUCAAAGAACACCAGGUUUAAACUACCAGUGUAAAAAGUGCCUCUUAGUAUUUCAAAGAUACUACGAGCUCAUACGUCAUCAAAAAACGCAUUGUUUUAAAGAAGAAGACGCUAAGAGGAGUGCACAAGCGCAGGCUGCAGCAGCUCAAGUCGCUGCAGUUCUAAGCUCCGAAGAUAGUAACAGCAGCUCCACGACAACUACAAACAAUACCGUGACUAACAAUCCAUCAUCCGCGCCUGCGCUUACUGAACAGUUGCAACAACCGUUGAGCACUGCUACAUCACCUCAUCAACAUCAGCAGCAAACUCUGUCUCAGACACAUCAACAGUCACAACAGCAACAACAGCAGCAACAAUCACAGACAGAGUCGAAGGAAGGUAGUUUUCAAUGUGAAAAAUGCAACCUGAUGUUCGGGCGAUUUGAACUUUGGCGCGAACAUCAGUUAAUACAUAUCAUGAAUCCAACCUUAUUUCCCUCUGCGUAUCCACCUGACUCACCAUUCGGAAUCUUACAGCAGCAAGCGCUUAACGCUAGCCAAGCUGGAGUUGCAACGGACACCCCGCAUUCACUCAUCAGCAUGAUACAAAAGAGGAAGUUCGAGGAUCUCGAGGAGGGGACUGGCAGCGACAACCGUUCGAACUCGGAACACAACGAGCAGCCCAAGGACAAACGUUUACGAACCACAAUACUUCCGGAACAGUUAGACUAUCUUUAUCAGAAAUACCAGAUUGAGUCUAAUCCGUCGAGAAAAAUGUUGGAGACAAUCGCUAGAGAGGUUGGUUUGAAAAAACGUGUGGUGCAGGUAUGGUUUCAGAAUACACGCGCUCGCGAGCGCAAAGGUCAAUUCCGCGCUCAUAGCCAGGUUAUCAAUAAGCGCUGUCCAUUCUGCCCAGCGCUAUUCAAAGUCAAAUCCGCUUUAGAAUCUCAUCUCAGCAGCAAACACGCCGAUCAAGUGGCUCGCGGCGAAGUAAACAUCGAUAACAUCCCAGAUGAAGAACUCUCGAUGGAAUCUGUUCCUUCGAAUUCUAGCACUCCUCAAAUGAUGCCACCGUUGUUUCCGCCUAAUAGCGACAUCAUGGAGUCAUCUUUAAAAUCUCUGAAAUAUUAUGACGACAUGAGGCGAUAUUUCAGCGAAAUCCAAGCGCACGCUAGUAAUGGAAAACAAGAAACGGCAAAUCAUCAAGCCAGCGGAAACAGCUGCGAGUCACCAUUGGAUCUAAGCAAACCAGUCGAUCUCAGCCGGCCAGUGAAAUUAUGCUUGAGUAACUUCAGCAGCCUUCUUGAAGAACAGCACAGUGUUCAUUUCCGCGGCGGCAGCGAUUGUGGGCCUCUAACUGAUUUAUCCGAACGUAGUAUUUGCGAUGACGACAGCAUGAGCGAGACAACGGAAUUUUUGGAUGAUGAAAGUGGACCGGUUAGUCCAGCCUCGAGCACGCAGAGCUCGAGGCAAGGACCCGCUAGCGGAAGUACCGGGAAUACGCCGGGAACGCCAGUGACCGGUGGACAAUCGGGCGGCAAUACUGGCCAAUCCGGCGGCAAGCGAUACCGUACGCAGAUGUCCGCUACACAGGUGAAGGUGAUGAAGUCGCUCUUUUCGGACUACAAGACGCCGACGAUGGCCGAAUGCGAGAUGCUUGGCCGUGAGAUCGGCCUUCCGAAACGGGUGGUCCAGGUGUGGUUCCAGAACGCCCGCGCUAAGGAGAAGAAGGCCAGAUUAGCGGCUGGUUUGCCAGCCGAGGGUUCAGCUGUUCAACCACAUCGUGGCCCGACCGGACCAGACGAGUGCAGAUUGUGUUCUGUACGCUACUCAGCCAAGACACCGCUGCAGGAGCACGUCUUCUCGCGGCGGCACAUCGAGUCGGUGCGCGUGGCCGUCGAAGAGGGCAGUUUGGUACCACCAACUCCCGGAGCGCCGAUCGUGCCCGGCGGCAACAAUGCCGCCGGUGUGCCCAGUAUCGGCAGUUCGCCGGUGGUCACCACGGCCAGUCAACAAGUCAGUCAACAGCAGCAGCAACAGUCGGACGAAAACAUGAUGUACGGAUCCGUGUUCCUUCAUCCCACGGCAAUGUUCCAGUCACAACAGCAGCAGCAACAGCAUCCCGCCGCCGCUGCAGCCAGCACAGCUAGCACUACGGCCGUAGCGGCUGCAGGCUUGAGCGGCGGUCUACUUGGAAGUGGUAUGAUGCCGCUGCACGUGGAGGGUAGCUCGCAGGUACAAGUGCCGCGGGCCUUGAUGCAGGCGUUCCUGCAGCAGGAUCCGAAUCAUCCGGGCCUGGAGACGGUCCGCUUGCCGGCUCCGUCGUGUGGCACCGACGAAGGCGGACCACCCCAACACUGUCGCGAAGUGGAGACUGAGCUGUGCCUGGUCUGUCGCCGUUGCGGCCGUGCGUAUCCACAGGAGACGUCGCUAUUGGCACACCAGAGGUCUUGCUACCUGGGCAAUCAGCAGCGUCGCGGCGCCCUGCGCCUCGUGCAAAUGCGUUACUGUUGUUCGUUGUGCGAGCCCGGCGUAUCGACGCGCACCUACACCACUGUGAGCGAGUGGCGUCGUCACGCCGAGACACUGCAGCACCGGGUGCGUCUCGAGGCCGCCCAAGAGCGCCAGCAACAACAACAGCAACAACAAUAUGACGGCGGCGCGCAAUCUGGCGAGGAAACGAACCCGCUCACCGACGAGAUGGAGGACGUCGUCAAUCAGAUCACCCUAUUGGCGGCUCGCGCGGCCGCCGAGAGUACGACUGGUCAGCCACAGGCCAGUGACCGGGUCGGCAGUCAGGACAACAACAAUGGACCCGAUGCCAAGCGGCAGAAGCUGGUGCAAGAAGUCACCGCCCUCGCCGGUGCACGUUAAACGCCAUCAUAUCGAAACUCGGGGAUUGGUCUACCAUCUCUCUCAAAAACAGGAAGGUUGCGCACAAAAUGGCAGCAAAUAACUAGAAUAGAACUGUAGAGACUGCAAAAGGAGAAAGUGGGAAAAAUGGGCAAAAGAGGGAGAGACGAGAACCUAUAGACGUCACUUGGAGAAGGUCGGACCCGAGGACGUCGCAGUGAACGAGCCAAUGUUCCUAACCGGCGAUUAACGGGCAAGCACGGAGUGUCCAUCUCGGUGAUGCACCCCGUCGGGGGCAUUUGCCCCGUGGCGGUAGGAGAGGGGGCAGGAAAGGGAGGUACAUUACUCAGGCGCGGAUGGCGGACGGUCAUUGAUUCUCUCUCUCUCUCUUAAUUUCGUCGUUUAUGCACCGCCAGCACAUAACCACCCUCCAAUCACUUCCCUGCCCUCUGGCCCCCGCCCCCCGCGGUUCGCCUAUUAUUUUUGUAACGCGAAUCCCGCGCAGCGCGCGCCGUGAAAAUGCGCGCUCUCCAAAGUUCCUCUCGUAGCAUGAAAGAAAAAGAAAAAAAAUUAAUAAUAAAAAAAGGUAGCAAAAGGACAGAGAGAGAAGGACUCGACGAAGGACGAGCAGCUGGUGGAAUCGACUGCGGAACGAUCGAACGAGCGCGAUCGAGAAAUUUGCUCCUUGCUGGUCGGCCAACAACCGGUCGGUCGAUCGGUCGGUCGGACGGUCGAUCGGUCGAUCGACCAGUCAGUGGCUCGAUCGGAUCGAGCUGAUCUUGGGCGCACUUCUCGGAACGAUGUGCGCGGUAUGUUUCCAGGUGAUGAGGAGAGUACGGCAAGUUCCGGAGGGAAAGUGCGUCGUGCGACGCGGAACGACGCGCGUCGAGGUGGGCUAACUUAAACGUUCCUAUGUAAAGUAAUAAUAAAGAUUUAAAGCAGAGUUACUAAGAAAAGAAAAAGAGAAGCAGGAAGAUACAAGCGGACGCUAUUAGGCGCGGCGUAGUAGGGUAGAUGGUGCGCGGCGCGCGAAACUAAAAACGCCGCCAUCGUUACGAAUACGUACGUACAU